GCGGCCGUGUAGGGUCGUGGACAUACAAAGGCGGUUAGAGUGUGCAGUGCGGCGGCAGCGAUGAUUUGGGACGCGGCCGCGGUCACAGGCGCAGGGAGUUGUCGUGUGUCGGCCUUAAGUUUUCUUUUCCUCCUUCAUCUCGCGCUCUCUAGAGAAACAAGUUCAGUGCGUGUGUCUGAGGUCGUUUCCGCGGUGUGUGCGGGUUUAGUUCUCGGCGUUUGGAAUGAAAUGCGGCUGUUUGACUGAAUCCGGAGAUCCUGACGAGAUCCAGGCCGGUGGUGACUCUGAGCCGAGACGAGCCUCACCACCAUGUCCUAACACCCCGCCCUCUUCUUUAAAAGCCCCACCCCUUCCUCCCUCCACAUCCUGUCCCCCUUCUCCCCCGUCCUCGUCUUCUCCGAGUUCCAGCAUUCCUUACAGAGAGAUGAGUCUGAAUCCUCACCAGACCCAGGACUCGGAGCGGGAUCUUCCCUCCUCCUCUUCCUCCUCCUCUUCCUCGGUCAGGAAGACGCCAAAAAAGCGGGGGAUCUCGCUCCGGUCGCUCUUUCCAAGACGGCGUUUGGACACAAAGUCACGUAAACCGCGGGCGUCGGUGGGCGGCGUGGACGGCAUUGCUAGCGUCGACAGUGUCGUCCAGGCAGAGAUGCAACAGCAACAGCAGCAGGAAGUAGCGUCCACGUCGUCCUCCACGUCCUCCGCAUCUUCUGAGUUCCUGGAAUGUCCCCUGUGUCUGCUGCGCCACGCCCGAGAUCGCUUCCCCGACAUCAUGACGUGUCACCAUCGCUCGUGCGCCGACUGUCUGAGGCAGUACCUGCGCAUCGAGAUCUCGGAGAGCCGCGUAAACAUCAGCUGCCCCGAGUGCUCCGAGCGCUUCAACCCCCACGACAUCCGCAUGAUCCUCGGAGACCGUGUCCUCAUGGACAAGUACGAGGAGUUCAUGCUCCGCAGGUGGCUCGCUGCUGACCCCGACUGCCGCUGGUGCCCCGCCCCCGACUGCGGGUACGCAGUGAUCGCGUUCGGAUGCGCAAGCUGCCCCAAGAUCAUGUGUGGACGUGAGGGAUGUGGGACGGAGUUCUGUUAUCACUGUAAACAGCUGUGGCACCCGAACCAGACCUGUGACGCAGCCAGACAGCAACGAGCUCACAGUCUGAGACUGAGACCCUUCAGAUCUUCCUCACUCAGCUACAGCCAGGAGAGUGGUGCUGCAGACGAUAUAAAGCCCUGUCCCCGCUGCGCUGCUUACAUCAUAAAGAUGAACGACGGAAGCUGCAAUCACAUGACCUGCGCUGUCUGUGGCUGUGAGUUCUGCUGGCUCUGCAUGAAGGAGAUCUCUGACUUGCACUACUUAAGUCCCUCAGGUUGCACGUUUUGGGGUAAGAAGCCAUGGAGCAGGAAGAAGAAGAUCCUGUGGCAGUUGGGAACGCUGGUCGGAGCUCCGAUCGGAAUCGCGCUGAUCGCCGGCAUCGCCAUCCCGGCCAUGAUCAUCGGGAUCCCGGUGUACGUGGGCAGGAAGAUCCACAGCCGCUAUGAAGGAAAGGAAAUCUCGAAGCACAAGAGGAACCUGGUGAUUGCCGGAGGAGUCACGCUGUCCGUCAUCGUCUCGCCCGUGGUGGCCGCAGUAACCGUCGGUAUCGGAGUGCCCAUAAUGCUGGCCUAUGUGUACGGCGUGGUUCCGAUCUCUCUGUGUCGCAGUGGAGGCUGCGGGGUGUCUGCGGGGAACGGGAAAGGAGUACGCAUCGAAUUCGAUGACGAGAACGACAUGAACGUGGGAGGAGGAGCAGCAGUGACGGACAGUACAUCGGUGGCAGAGACGAGGCAGAACGCGAGUAUCGGGGGCAGUGUCGGGGGUCUGACUGGUUCCCUCAGUGCCAGUGGGAGUCACAUGGAGCGAAUCGGAGCCAUGAGGGACAACGUGAGCGAAAACGCCAGCACCAUGGCACUGACAGGAAGUUUAUCAGGAAGUACCGUGGGCCACUGUUUUAACAGGUUGGAGGUUCAGGCGGACGUACAGAAGGAGCGCUGCAGUUUGAGUGGAGAGUCCGGGACGGUCAGUCUGGGGACAAUCAGUGAUAAUGCGAGUACCAAAGCCAUGGCUGGAUCCAUUCUUAAUGCCUACAUGCCCUUGGACAGAGAGAGCAGCAGUAUGGAGGUGCAGGUGGACGUGGAGUCGAAACUCGGGAAGCUCCGUCACCACAGCGGCAGCAGCAGCAUGGAGGAGGGAAGCACCGGGGGCCGGGGCGUCUGCCCUUCCACCUGCCCCCACGAGGGCAAAUACGGCUCGGGGAAGAAGAGCAAAGGAAAGAUGCGCAAGAAGACGGGCGGCACCAAGAUCAACGAGACGCGGGAGGACAUGGACGCUCAGCUGCUGGAGCAGCGCAGCACCAACUCGAGCGAGUUCGACUCUCCGUCGCUGAGCGGCAGCCUGCCCUCCGUCGCCGACUCGCACUGCAGCCACUUCUCCGAGUUCAGCUGCUCCGACCUGGAUGCUGCCUCGCGACCCCCCGUCACCAUCAGCCCCCUGCCGGAGGUGGAGAACGACCGGCUGGAGCACGGCCCCGCCCCUGCCCCUGCGGCCCGCCCUCUCAGCUCCGCCUCUCUCAGCCCGGAGAGCUCGCCUAAAGAACGCAAUAACAACGCUGCUCCCGAGCCGAGCGCUCUGCCACGCAACGUCUGUAUUCAAACUGAGAUAUAGCGCUUCAGCUAAACCCCACGCUAGCUUUCAGUCCUCACACACACUCACACACACACAGAUUUUAUAUAAUAAUUAAAAAAGAUUUCUAGAAGUUUCUCCACAAGUCAUUUUCAGGCGUGAGGAGGACGAUGGUGGUGGUGAUGAAGACAGUAAGUGACUGCAGGUUUAUUAAGGUCUAGUGGAUGUUCAGCAGGUGACUGACGUGACGACGAUGAUGAUGAUGAAGAUGUAGCUGACGAUCACACGUAUGCCUCUAUUCCAUCUGUGACCGUGGGAUUUUUUUCUCGCGGAACCACCGAGUGUUUCAGAUCGUGUGCCGAUCUUCAGCCGCCGUAUCCGAUCGGGGCCACGCCCACCGACCCGCCUUCAUUCUCCACGCACCAAUCACGUCACAAUUAUACGCCGGUCGCUACGGUUAUGGGUCAUGUCUCUCAACUCUUGUAAAGAUUUUACUGUGCGCAAAAAAACCCCGCGAUUCCAACAACGACUCCUAAAGUAUUAUUUAUGAUUGUCGUCAUGGAAACAAAGUGCCGCCGACACCCCCCCCUCCCCCCCUCGAUCUUUUAGAUCCGCCUUCCCGUGCAUAAAAAAAAAAAACGUAUUAAAAACCGAAAGCUGUUUUUGUGAUGGAAACGUCAAAAACGUGUUUUAUUCUUCUCUGGGUGACGUUAAAAUGAUCCUCCUGAGAAAAGCAGGUCCCUCAAAGGGUUCCUCAAAGGUUUUCUUAAAGCUUCCUCACAUGUUGCUUAAACCCUCCUCAGUGGCGUCCUCAGAGGAUCCACCUGGGAUGCUUUCUGCUGAGGAACCAAACCAAAGAGCUUUUUCUCUCUCUACUGCUCAUUUUUAAAAAUAUUCAGUAUUUCGUGAUGUAGACCUGAUUAUCGGCACAUGUGCGUACACACACACACACACACACACACACACACAUUUUUACAGGCUCGGUUCUCUCUGUGGUUGGAAGAUUUUUAUUAUUUGUAUUUUUGAGCUGUGUGUGAGAAGGUGGAGACGUGGUGGAGAUGUUGACUGUUUCUCCUCAUAGGGACCAGCAGGAGAAUGUUAAUGAUCUGAGCAGAUUGUUUAUUUUUUCUGUUCUGUUGCAAUAAUUAUUAUUGUAAAUGAUAUUUUUUGUCUUUUCUUGUUGAAGGUUCUUUUAGUUUCAUGUUUUUCUCUUUUAUUUUCCGUUUUUGGGAAAAGGUCGUUAUGUGGAAGCUCUGUGUGAGGGGGCUGAUACACACACACACACACACACACACACACACACACACACACACACACACGCGUUCAGGUGGAACACGAUUAAUACGUGAUUCUGGGUUCGUACCCGUGUGGACUCUUGGUGCCUUUUUGACUUAUAAAUGAAGCUGUUUGAGUUUCUCGUCACUUCGUUCUGUCUUUCAGAAUUAAAAAUAAAGAGAAUUAAAGCCGAA